AUGCUGCAAGUGCCAUGUGUGGCCAUAAGGCCUUGCUUGUCGCCCCUCAUCUCAAACCGGGAGAGGUUUGUCUUGCACGUGGAGAAACCCCGGCUGCUCGUGAAAAAGCCUUCCCCCCCCGCACCGGGGCAGGGCGCUGCUGCCGCCGGAGCCCGGCCUCCUCCCCCGGCUGCUGGCGGAGCCGGGGCUGCCACAUCGGCACGGCCGCUCCGAGAAGCGCUUCCCGGAGCGUGAGCGGGAGCCCAGUGUGCCGGGAGAUGGAGCCCCGCUGCCGCCCCCCGGGACUCGCCCUUCGCCAGGGCCGCCGCUGCCACCGCCGGGAGGGAGAGUGCGGCGCCGCCGCCGCCGCCGUCUAACGCAGUCAGCCCCGGCGGGGCGGCUGGAGGCGGAGGCAGCGCGGAGGCCGCCGCGGCCCCUCCGCCCGCCGGGCCCGCGCGGCGGCGAAGCGCGGCCCCGUCCUGCUCGCCCUCCCCACUGCCGCUUCCCCGCCCCCGCCCGGCCCUCGGGGCUUCGCCGCCGGCAGCCGGGCCAUGGCGGGGCGAUGAGGGAGCGACCGCCCCUGCCCGCAGGCUGCUUGGGGAGGCGGGGAGCGACGGGGCUGGGUGGCUCGGGGGCGCUAGAACCGGGCGGCGGGGCGAGGGGAUGUGGGGCGUGGGGGUUGCGGCGCUGCAGCUCUUUACUCGGGCUGUGAAGCAGGCGGCGGUACAGGGGAUCCGGCAGGACUUUGGUCGUUGGCUGUCCCGAGCCGCCGGGACGCCGACAGGAGGCGGCGGCGGCGACACCGUCGGUUUCGUCCCGGCGGAGGCAGCGGGGACCGGGGGGCUGCUGCUGGGGCCCUACGCGGAGCAGGGCGGGCUGCCGCCGGCGGAGCUGCUGCUCUGCCAGUUGCCCGAGGCAGGUGGCGGCGGGCCCGGGCUGGCCGAGGCCCGAGGCUGGCGUUGCUCCUGCUGCCUCCUGGGUACCUGCUGGUGCAAGAGUUGCCUCAGCGUGUGCGUGCUGGCGGCCCUCUGCUUCGCCUCACUGGCACUGGUGCGCCAGUACCUGCGGGACCUGCUGCUCUGGGCCGAGAGCCUGGACAGCCUGGCUGGCGUGCUGCUCUUCACCGUGGGCUUCAUCGUCGUGUCCUUCCCUUGUGGCUGGGGCUACAUCCUCCUCAACGUGGCCGCCGGCUACCUCUACGGCUUCGUGCUGGGCAUGGGGCUCAUGGUGCUUGGCGUCCUCAUCGGCACCUUCGUCGCCCACGUGGCCUGCAAGCGGCUGCUGGCCCGCUGGGCCUGGGCCAGGAUCCAGGGCAGCGACACGCUCAGCGCCGUAGUCCGCGUCGUGGAGGGCGGCAGCGGCCUCAAGGUGGUGGCUCUGGCGCGACUGACGCCCAUCCCGUUCGGACUGCAGAACGCCGUCUUCGCGAUUACAGAUUUGUCACUACCCAACUACCUGAUGGCUUCUUCACUUGGACUGCUUCCUACUCAGCUCCUGAACUCGUACUUGGGCACUACCUUGCGCACCAUGGAGGAUGUGAUUGCAGAACAAAGUGUCAGUGGCUAUUUUAUAUUUGGUUUACAGAUUGUCAUAAGCAUAGGACUCAUGUUUUAUGUGGUUCACCGAGCUCAAGUGGAGCUGAACGCCGCCAUUGUAGCCUGUGAGCUGGAAAUGAAGACAUCUCUUGGUAAAGACAGUCAGCCCGGCAUCAGUGCUUCAGCCACAUACUGCAACAAAAGGACAGUAGCAUUCUCUGGGGCAGGUGUCAAUAUUGUGUGA